AUGGCAACACAAACAUUUUUCAAUGCCGUUGGGGAAGCUCUAGUAGGAAAGGUGGUAAACGAUGUCCUCCCUGACCUACUGAGGAAAGGCAUGGAGUUGAUCAGUAAUUACGCUGCCUCAGGGGAAGACCCCGUUCGGCCAGUCCUCGUCUCCACUGCGGAUCUGGUCGGAGUGAAGCAAAUCGUUCGCCAUAUGAGUGGGCGGAUCAGGGAUUUUCUUGACGACGAUAAUCUGGUAACCUUGGGGAUUCACGGAAGGGGUGGUGUUGGGAAGACCACCUUACUUGAGAGGGUCAACAACAACUUUCAUGAUAUUCGAGCCGCUCAAAGGUUUCACUAUGUUAUAUUUGUCACCGUGUCUCGUGCUCCCAACAUCCGCGAGAUCCAGAAGCAGAUCGUAAAGCGGCUUGAUAUAAAGUCAACGUCUUCAACGGAAUACGGUAGGGACAUCUUCCGAUUUUUGUCAAAUAAAAGGUUCUUACUAUUGUUAGAUGAUGUAUGGGAAGAGUUGAAUUUGCAUCAUGUGGGAGUUCCUACUCCUUGUGCUGAGAACAAGUGCAAGAUCAUUUUGACGAGCCGAUCUAAGUCGGUGUGCUGUAAAAUGGGCACUCCUAGAAAGUUAUUGGAAAUGAAAACCUUGAGCGAAUCGGAGGCAUGGAUCCUCUUCAAAAAGAACGUGGGUGGUGAUGUAGAUCUCGAUCAACGUGAUCAGGAAAUAUGUAGGCACGCAGAGGCUGUGGCAAAGAAAUGUGGUGGCCUCCCGCUUGCCCUAAAAAUCGUUGGUCGUACUAUGGCAACUGCUGUGUCUGUUGGAGAGUGGCGGGAAGCUGAAAGGAAUCUUCAUUUAUUGGAAGACAUGGAAGAAAAGGUCUUAUCUUUGUUGAAGUUCAGCUUUGAUAGAUUAAGAGAUGAUACCGUGAGAGAAUGCCUCCUUUAUUGUUGCUUGUUCAAGGAAGAUGAGAACAUCUCUAUACAUAAAUUGAUUCACUAUUGGAUUGCAGAGGGAUUCCUUGAUAGUCCACACUCUAAAAGCAUUAGUGAAGCUCAAGAUAAAGGACAUAGAAUCAUCAGUAGCCUCAUUUCAGCUAGCUUGUUACAGAAGGGACAUCAAAUUCACAAUUCUUCACGUAAUUGGACGGAUAUGCAGUAUUCAGACAAGUAUGUGAAGGUACAUGAUGUGGUGCGGGAGAUGUGUUUGUGGCUGACAUCAAGUGAGUCUGACAAGUAUGGAAAAUUUCUUCUAUAUCCAAGGAAGGGUAUUGAUAUUACUUUAAAAAGUUGGACAGAUGUAAGAAGAGUAUCAUUGUGUGACUUAGAGACUCAUCGGAAAUUUGUAUACCCAAAUGAGAGAGAAAUAUGUCCAAAUUUGGCAACACUAUUAUUAAAUCAUAUUCCCUUUGGAGAAUUGUCAAUUCCAACAGGUUUCUUACAGAAGACAAAAAAAUCUCUUCGAGUCCUGACAUUAAAAUCUUGUAACUUGAUGAAUAUUUUGGAGGAUAUAAGCUCAUUGCAAGUAUUGAGAUAUUUAGAUUUAUCUAACACAAAACUACCAAGGCUUUCAAAUACAAUCAACUUCAGUACAAGGUUACAAUAUUUAGAUAUAUCAAAGAAUGAAUUACAAAGUCUUCCUGACAUGAUUGGUAAACUUGAGAAAUUAUAUUAUUUGAACGUGUCAAAUAAUGUGUUAUCAAGCCUUCCAGAUUCAAUCGAUGGCCUUGUGAAUUUGAUAUAUUUAGAUGUGUCAUACACAAAAUUAGAAAGGCUUCCAAAAAAUAUCGGAUCACUUGUGAAGUUACAAUAUCUUUUUUUACAAGGAACGGAAUUACAAAGUCUUCCAAAUUCAAUUGGUCAGCUUGUGAAUUUGAUGAAGUUAAAUGUGUCACAGACAAAAUUACAAAGUCUUCCAAAUAGUAUCGGAUUACUCGUGAAGUUAAAAUAUCUUGAUUUGAUGAGUACAAGAAUACAAAAUAUUCCAGAUUCAACUGAUAGUCUUGUGAAUUUGAAAUAUUUAUUGAUGUCAAAACCUUCCAAAUAG